CACCCCAUGUCUGAUGUCACCUCUAUGUCCGAUGUCACUCCAUGUCUGAUGUCACCCCAUGUCUGAUGUCACCCCAUGUCCGACGUCACCCCAUGUCUGAUGUCACCUCAUGUCUGAUGUCACCCCAUGUCUGAUGUCACCCCAUGUCUGAUGUCACUCCAUGUCUGAUGUCACCCCAUGUCUGAUGUCACCCCAUGUCUGAUGUCACUUCCAUGUCCGAUGUCACCCCAUGUCUGAUGUCACCUCCAUGUCUGAUGUCACCUCCAUUCCAAUGUCACCCUAUGUCCGAUGUCACCCCAUGUCCGAUGUCACCUCCAUGUCUGAUGUCACCCCAUGUCUGAUGUCACCCCGUGUCUGAUGUCACUCCAUGUCCGAUGUCACCUCCAUGUCUGAUGUCACCCCAUGUUCGAUGUCACCCCAUGUCCGAUGUCAUUCCAUGCCUGAUGUCACCCCAUGUCUGAUGUCACCCCAUGUCUGGCGUCACCCCAUGUCUGAUGUCACUCCAUGUCCGAUGUCACCCCAUGUCUGAUGUCACCCCAUGUCUGAUGUCACCUCUAUGUCCAAUGUCACCCCAUGCCCGAUGUCACCCCAUGUCUGAUAUCACCUUCAUGUCUGAUGUCACCUCAUGUCCGAUGUCACUCCAUGUCUGAUGUCACCCCAUGCCUGAUGUCACCCCAUGUCUGAUGUCACCCCAUGUCCGCUGUCACCCCAUGUCCGAUAUCACCUCCGUGUCUGGUGCCACCUGUCUCCACGUGUCCCCAUCCCACCGGCUGUGUGUUCGCUCUGCCCCACACCUCUGCCGCGUCCCCACACCCCAAUGCCACCCCCGUGCCGUGUCCCCACAUCCCUCACCGCGUCCCACAGCCGAGGAGGACCGCGUGCUGUCGGCGGAGGAGGAGGAGGCGCGGCGCAUCGCCGAGAUGGGGAAACCCAUCCUGGGGGAGAACUGCCGCCUCGAGGUCGUCAUCGAGGAGAGCUACGACUUCAAGAACACGGUGGACAAACUGAUCAAGAAGACCAACCUGGCCACCGUCAUCGGGACGCACUCCUGGAGGGAGCAGUUCCUGGAGGCCAUCACCGUCAGCGCCGGUGUGUCACCGCGUCACCUCAGCAUGGGGACAAAGCACCGUGGGGACAAAAAACACCACGGGGACUCCCAACAGUGGGAGCACCCAACCACGGGGACAAAACACCGUGGGGACACCAAACCAUGUGGACGCCCAACUGUGGGGACACCUAUCAUGGGGACAUCCAUCAUGGGGACAUCCAUCAUGGGGACACCCAACCAUGGGGACACCCAGCCAUGGGGACACCCAGCCAUGGGGACAGACACCCGGGGUCACACCUUGCCACAUCUCCGUGCCCAUGUGGGACACUCUGGGGUCAAUGGGGACCCUUUGGGGUCACCCCACACCCAUCCCUACACCCCUGGUGACACUCUGGGGUCAACGGGGACCCUUUGGGGUCACCCCACACCCAUCCCUACACCCCUGGUGACACUUUGGG